UUGGUUGUGACCCCAUUGAAAUAGAGAAGAAAGCCAUGCGAGCUCUUGCGUCUGCGGCAAUUCAGUUUCAGGAACGAGUAGCUGGUAUUGCAUUUAUUUUAAUACAGGAUUCAAGCCACGCAAAUUUUAGUCGGAACAACUGUGAUCCAUCUUGUUGAGCUCUUUUGUUGAUCAAGAAAUGGACUAAAAAUGAGUGAUGGGAAAGUAAUACCGGAUCUGCCGGACUUACCGGAAGGCCCCACCAGUGGAGUUCCUCUGGCUAAACCCAUCCAAAUCCAAAAACUUGAACAAGCUGUUAGGCUAGAACCUCUCCUUCGCAGCGUAGAGCAAGUCAUCAGAGAGCCUAUCAGGUAUUCUGAUAGUGAUGAUUAUGAAUAUGAAAGUGGGCAAGAAAAUCUGACAAAUGGAGAAGCUAAACAAGAAGAUGAGAUAGAUGGCAGUCUUCAGUUGAGAAAGUCUCAUCCAGAACGUGAAAAAAACAGCAAUGGAUUCACCAAAAGCAAACAAGAGAGGAAGGCUGACAGAAGACGGCUGUAUAAUUUUACUAAGGUGAAGAAAAGCAGAAAGUGGUUAAAGAACAUAUUGCUAACAGACAGCUCUGAAAGCGAAGAUGAUGAUGAAAAGAUGAUGAGCAAAGAGGAGAUUCAGCAUAUGCUUAAAGUUCAUAAGUACAAGCGGUCAUGUCAGAAGAUGUUCUAUUCACAAGGCGAGAUGCAACAGUAUGAAUAUUAUGGUGCUGGAUUAUUGUCAACUUACGACAGGUACUUGGACAAUCAACGACUUAUUCUUGGGCCAAAGAAAAAGAAGAAGGAGAAAGUUGAGAGGUAUAAAAAGGGGAAGAUGAGAAAUGCUGAUUUAGAAGAGCCUAAGGUUCCGCGACCCCCAUCAUCAGUUCCAGCUGUAUCACAAUUCCAUGACUCAGCAGUGCGACGCAAGUUAGCAGGAGUUAAGGAUAUUGAUGGCCUAAGGAAGAAGCUUUGGGUUGCCAUGUCAAAGAAAGAUAUACCAAAGGCCUACAAACAUCGAUCUUCUUUACGCUCUAACAAUAUUAGCAAUGCUAAAAAGCUUGCUCAACUGUGUCAGAAAGAGAUCAGACGUUCAGCACUGCAAUCACAACGCAUUUGUAAGGAGACUGUUCCAAGAGCAAGGAGGCUAACACGGGAAAUGAUGUCAUAUUGGAAACACUUCGAUCGUGUGGAAAAAGAGCACCGAAAAAAGGCUGAAAAACAAGCGAUAGAACAACGCAAGUUGGAUGAUGAAAUCAGAGAGGCCAAGCGACAACAGAGAAAGUUGAAUUUUCUGAUCACGCAAACUGAACUUUAUGCACAUUUUAUGAGCCGAAAAUUGACUGGUGAAACAGACCGACACUGUGAGAAAAUUCUAAGCAAGUUGGAGGACAAUACACCGAUGAGAGAAGUCCAGGUUGAUGGCGGUGUUCUUGUUGAUGUAGAAGGCGAUGAUUAUGAUUGCAGUGAAGCAAAGAACCUUGCAUUAAACACAGCACACAGUGCUUUCAAGAAACAUGAGCAGAAAACUGCACUUUUUGAUGCUGACAUUCCGCAAAGAUUUGAUCUAGCAAAUCCUUACUUGGUUGGUGAAAAUGAGAUGCCUCAGCCUAAGAAUUUUAAUGGGCAACUUAAAACCUACCAACUGAAAGGAAUGAACUGGCUAGCAAACCUGUAUGACUGCGGAAUCAAUGGCAUUCUGGCAGAUGAAAUGGGCUUGGGUAAAACUGUACAGAGCAUUGCAUUUCUCACUCACUUAGCAGAGACGCAAGGUAUAUGGGGUCCAUUUCUAAUCAUUGCUCCAGCAUCUACACUCCACAACUGGCAACAAGAGUGUGCAAAGUUUGCCCCUCGCCUCAAGGCUCUGCCUUACUGGGGUAAUCAACAUGACAGGCGAGUGUUAAGGAAGUUCUGGAGUCAGAAGCAAUUCCAUACGGAAGACUCUGAGUUCCAUAUAUUAAUCACCAGCUACCAGUUGGUGGUUCAGGACGUUAAGUAUUUUUGGGCUUUGCUCCAUUUCAUCAUGCCAACACUAUUUGAUAGUCAUGAUGAAUUUAAUGAAUGGUUUUCAAAGGACAUUGAAAGUCAUGCCGAGAAGCAAACAGGAGUAAAUGAAGAGCAACUAUCAAGACUUCAUAUGAUCUUGAAGCCAUUCAUGUUAAGGAGAGUGAAGAAAGAUGUGGAGAAUGAACUUUCUGAUAAGAUUGAGAUCCUAGUUUAUUGUAACAUGACAAGAAGGCAGAAGUUGCUGUACCAAGCAGUCAAACAAAAGAUCUCCAUCGAAGACCUCUUGCAGUCCACCAGCAGUUCCACAUCCUCUUCAAGUAUGCAGACUACCACAAACAGCCUUAUGAAUCUUGUCAUGCAGUUUAGAAAGGUUUGUAAUCAUCCAGAACUGUUUGAGAGGAGAGAAACAAGAUCACCUUUUCACAUGAGUCUACAAUCUUUCACCAUUCCAAAGCUUAUCUACAGAGAAACACUUCAAAAUGCAUCCUUCUCCGACAAAAAGAGCAUUUUAUUUAAUAAGCUGUGUAUGUUUUCCGUGGAUUAUAUCAAUCAUUCGUUAUUUUCGGAGUCAUCAAGCGGUGGCGGUUGUUUUUCAUUUACCCGGUUCAUCGAUAUAUCAGCAGGUGAAUUGCAUUGUCAGAUGAUGGUAGGCUUGUUGUGCAGGUGGCUAGCUUUGUUUCUCAUUAUGAAGGCCGCCUACAGGAUACACCAUCAAUCACAGUGGCAUUCACAGGAAUGUGCCCAAGACAAGUAUAAAGAGUCAAUGGUAUGUGACUCGGGGAAGUUACAGGUUCUGGACAAGUUGCUGAGCAAACUGAAGCAACAGGGACACCGUGUGUUGAUAUACUCACAGAUGACAAGAAUGAUAGAUCUCCUGCAGGAGUACAUGUGGCAUCGGAAACAUACCUAUAUGCGAUUGGACGGAUCUUCUAAGAUUUCAGACCGAAGGGACAUGGUUGCAGACUUCCAAAGCAGGUCUGAUAUAUUUGUAUUUCUACUGAGUACGAGGGCAGGCGGCCUUGGAAUCAACCUUACUGCUGCUGACACUGUCAUCUUCUAUGAUAGUGACUGGAAUCCUACAGUAGACCAGCAAGCUAUGGACAGGGCACAUCGCCUAGGACAGACUAAACAAGUGACAGUCUACAGACUAAUAUGCAAGGGUACAAUUGAGGAAAAGAUACUACAAAGAGCAAAAGAAAAAAGUGAAAUCCAGCGUAUGGUGAUAUCUGGUGGAAAUUUUAGACCAGAUCAAUUAAAACCAAAAGAAGUUGUUUCCUUUCUACUGGAUGAUGAAGACAUUGAAAAAACAUAUUCUAAGAGGAAACAGGAGAAGUUGCCAGCUAAGAGAGAAAGCGGCGUAAAGAAACUCAAAGGAGGUGCAGGUAGUAGCAAUGUGGAGAGCAUACCCGUCAGUAAUGAUUUUGAUGAUUCAUUGAUGAACCUUGACUCGGCGAUACCAAGUCCUCUUAGCGUGGUGUCUGUGAGUAGUGAUAGCACUCGGUUGUCAAGCACGCCUAUACAGCAGCAUGACGACAACAGUAAUGAUGGGCUAAUACUCAUUGAAGAUGUUGCUACUCUCAGGAAUAUUGAUGGGUCUCCAACUGCAAAGAGAGGAAGGGGCAGGCCACGUACCAAACCUACUACCACAAAGAAGUUUCCAGGUAGGCCGGGUAGGCCUAGGAAAGGCACGACAGGAAGUGCAGCUGCAAUGGCAGCUGCAUUAGCUGGAGCAGCAGCGGGUCAAGCUGCGGCAUACGCUGCUUAUGGAUUCAGUUUUAUGGAAAUAUGGUUGCAACCUGCUUCAGCACUAGUCAAUGGUGGAUUCAAGGGGGUACAACCGGGCCGUUCCCCCUAA